GCACCAGAAACCAGCUUGGGCUCAUGGCCUUAAAGCCCCAGGCAUGCAUCGUUCUGCAACUGCAAUCCUUUCUCUGAAACAAGCAUUGCUUCCUUUCGUUUCGAUCGUCUUCUCCGUUACUCUCUUACCUACCUGGCUACCCUGCAAGCUUGCGCGCUCGUCGUUGCCGCCAUUGUUGGGACAGACCGACAGAGAGGCCGGCUUCAAGAAGGUGGCCAUACUGCCACCUGUUCGUAGAGAUCUUUCCUGUGUUCAUAUUGCCAUCUUGGCCGGCUCUUGAGUUUCUCCUCUGUUUCGCUGAACUUGUCAUGGUCCUUCCGUUGCUCCUCCCUGCUAGCCUCGCUCUUCAAAUCGGCCAUCAGUGCUAUACUGUGUCGCAUCAUCCGAGCUGUUCUUCUCUGUCUCCGACAGUUCAUCCUUGCUGCUGAAUUGUUCACAGAUUAGUCAGCUGAUCGUCCAAGAACCGGAGGUCGCUGCAUAGUGCCGAUCGGAUCAGUGGCCGUUGCGCAGAUCGAGGUGCGAGCUCGAUCCUGCAGCUCUCGUACGCUUUGCAGCGGCGCAGGAGAGCCAUGCUGGACGGUGCGGGAGCAGAAGGGGGCAUCCAGCUGCUCCUGACGAUCCUCGCCGACGGCGAGGAGCAGGCGCGGCAGCUCGGGGAGCUGGCGGAGGACCCGCGGUCCCGGGCGGAGCACUACCGGGGCGCGGCGCGGCGGCUGCAGUGCACGCUCGGGAAGGCGGUGGCCGUCGCCAAGGCCGUCGAGGCCGCGCCGGGGUCGUCGCGGGGCACCGACCGCUCCGACUCGCCGCGGUCGGCCGACGAGAGCUCGGGCGGGACGGCCGCGGUGGAGGCGCCGGAGCGCCAAAACCUGGUGUGCAACAAGAGAAGGAAAGGUCUGCCGAGAUGGACCGCGAAAUUCCGAGUCCCAGACGCAAACUUGGAGGCCACACCUGACGAUGGCUUCAGCUGGAGGAAGUACGGCCAGAAGGACAUCCUCGGCGCCAAGUUUCCCAGGGGUUACUACCGGUGCACGUACCGCGCCGCCCAGGGGUGCCCGGCCACGAAGCAGGUGCAGCGCUCGGACACCGACCUGUGCGUGUUCGACGUCACGUACCAGGGCGAGCACACCUGCCACCAGAGGCAGCGCCACGCCGCCGCGGUGACCGCGCACGGCGGCGGCGGGAGCCAGUCGCCGCCGCCGCCGUCGCAUCACGAGCAGCAGGACCCGAGCAUGCAGCUGGUGGUCAUGGGGUUCAAGGACGCCCUGAAGGUGGAGACGGAGGCCCCGCUUUAUCACCAGGACCACGACUACUACGACCACGGCCCGGCCUCCGCGCCCGCCGCGCUGCCCUUCUCCUUCCCCUCCGUGCCAUUCCACCACCACCACGCCGGCGAGCUCGAGGCGCCCGACAACAAUCCCGCCGCCGCCGCUGCGGCCGCCUUCUCGCCGCCCGGGUCGUCGAGCUACUUCUCCGCGCCGCCGCAUCACUGCCCGGCGGUCGCCGGGAGCUACGACGUCUACGACUACGAGUCACCGGGUGCGCGCAUGCGCGGGGCGGAGUCGUCGGAGCUCGGCGAGGUCGUCUCCCGGGCGACCGGGCUCGACUACUCGUCGCUCUACCACCACACCGAGCUCGACCCGCACCUGCCGUUCCCGCCAUUUGGCGGGUCGUCCCGUGGCCCAUACCAGUAGGAGGAGGUCAAAACAUGGAAAGUGAACUGAUCAGAACUGGCGGCUCGUAGGACACGUCUCGCUUCGUUCCUCUUGAGGAUUUUGCUUUUGCGGCCAGUAGUUUUCACUGUCUUUUGCCACCUUAACACGGCAGGUAGUAGUAGACGUACCUUAGUUCAGUGUCCUCAGCAGUCAGCGCUUGUUUCUUUUAGUUUUGUUGAUCAUUUACUUGGAGCAUGGCGGUUUCUGUAAGAGGAUUGAUGGAUCAGUUUUAUCUGUAAAUCUGCGAUCUAGGUUGUAAGAAUCUUAAAUGAGUCCAUACAAUAGCACUAUACUA